AUGCAGACAAGUGUGGAAGAGAAGCUCAACCCAGAUCAUAAUUUGUGCUCGGAAGACAAAAUGAGUGAAGAUUUCUACACCCAUCUGAAGUUGAGGGAAGAAAAUGAAGCUCCAGAUGAUGAUCAUGGUGAUGAUGAUGAAGAGGAGGAGGAGGAGGAGGAAUUUUCUUUCAUGUGUGGAGGAGCAAAUACGUCGCCUAUAGCGGCGGAGGAUGCUUUCUAUAACGGCCAGAUCAAGCCGGUUUUCCCGUUAUUCAACAGGGAUUUGCUAUUUUCCGGCGAAGAUCCCAUCGCCGCUGCCGCUUUGCACGAGAGCUUGCCCAUGAGGCCGCCGGUGAAGAAGGUGUUCGUGGAGACGAGCGAGGAGAACGGCCAGGUGACGCCGGAGAAUGACGAGGUCUCGGGGUCCUACUGCGAGUGGUCGGACAGAAAGGCGGUUGAGGCGUCGCCGGAGGCCUGCAAGAAGAGCAACUCAACCGGGUUCUCCAAGAUUUGGCGGUUCAAGGAUUUACUGGGCAGGAGCAACAGUGAUGGGAGGGACGCUUUCGUUUUCUUGAACAACGCCCACGCUCCGCCUCCACCGUCCGCGGCGGAGCAGUCAACAAAAGGAGACGAAAUGGGUGAGAGGACAAAAGUGAAGGAGAAGGCGAAGAAGGGCGGAAAGGGGAAAACGGCGGCGGUAAGGGUGUCGGCACAUGAAGCGUACUUGAGGAGUAAGGCGAAGGGGGAGGAGCGGCGGCGGUCGUAUCUGCCGUACCGACCGGAGUUGAUGGGGUUCUUUACUAAUGUUAGUGGUGGAUUAACCAAAAAUGUUCAUCCCUUUUAA